UGUAGAUCCCACCUCGAAAAUUUUCUUCACAGCUAUUCAAGUCUUCGAGGCUUAUAAACGACCUCUUCAGACUCGGUUCGCUGGUGCGAAGUGGCAUCUCAGUACCAUUCUCCAGAGCGAGAGGAACACCACGCCGCAACCAUGUCGCUGACUGCGCAUCUGUCGCGCUAUGUCUGGGCUAGCAUCUUAUGCUCCCUGGGAGGGUUCUUGUUCGGGAUGGACACCGGCAUCAUCGGAUCAGUCGUCGUCAUGGACCAGUUCACACAGAAAUUCGGCUCCUUCUCAUCCAUCGUUCACGGGCUCGUCGUCUCCGCCAUCUUGAUCCCCGCCGCUUUCUCCUCGUUCUUCGGCGGCAAACUAGCUGAUUGGAUCGGACGGCCCAGGGCCAUCAGUCUGGGGGCUCUUAUCUUCGGGGUCGGGGCGGCCAUCGAAGCGGGCGCCGUGCAUCUGGCCAUGUUCAUUGUCGGCCGUGUCGUGGAGGGGCUCGGGGAGGGUCUGUAUCUGGGGACGUUAGUCGUAUACAUCUGCGAGAUCUCGCCUCCGAAGCAGCGAGGCCCACUGACCACUGGCCCGCAGCUGUUCAUCACCGUGGGCCUCGUCGUCGGCUUCUUCACCUGCUACGGCUGCGAGCGUCUGUCCUCGUCCAUGGCGUGGCGCACCCCCUUCAUCCUCCUGGCCUGCGUCUCCGUCCUUUUCGGCAUCGCGGCGUUCCUGUGGCUGCCCGAGUCCCCGCGGUGGCUCACCCUGCACAACCGCUCCGACGAGGCGACGCGCGCCUGGGAGUAUCUCCAAGUCAGCCCGGCGGAUCGGGAGAAGCUGAGCGAGGAAGACGACGACGACAUUCACGAAGAGGCCGUUACGCACCCGCUGGCGCCGACGGGCAGCACCUUAGCCCCGAAUACCCUUGAACAAGUCCUCUCGCGCCGCAGCGAGAGAUCGAUCCCUAAGAAGGGUGGCCAUGAGACCAGCCUAUUCGACGCAUUCAAACCGGACGUGCGCAACCGGACUCUCUUGGGACUGUUCCUGAUGUCCAUGCAACAGCUUGCCGGGAUUGACGGGGUCCUUUACUACGCCCCGCUCCUCUUCGAACAGGCAGGCAUGACUUCCGAGCAAGCCAGCUUCCUCGCCUCGGGCGUGUCGGGGAUAGUCAUCUUCGCCGUGACGGUCCCCGCCCUCAUUUACGCCGACAGCUGGGGCCGGCGCCACAACGUCAUCCUGGGCGGACUGGGGCUGACGGUUACCAUGCUGGUGAUCGGCGCGCUGUACGCGGCCGACGCCGUCCACAAGUCCACGGGCGCCGGCCGCUGGGUCGUCAUCGUCGCCAUCUAUCUGUUUGCGGCCAUCUACAGCGUCUCCUGGGCCGUCAGCUGCAAGGUCUACGCCGCCGAGAUCCAGCCCCAGCGCACCCGCGCCUCGGCCACUUGUCUCGCGCACGGCGCCAACUGGAUCUCAAACUUCUUUGUGGCCUUGAUCACCCCCGUGCUGCUGGCGAAGAGUAGCUGCGCAGCGUACUUUUUGUUCGGGGGGUGUACGCUCGUCACAGCGGCGGUUUGCUGGGUGUGGAUGCCGGAGACGAAGGGGAAGUCGUUAGAGGAGGUGGAGCGGUCGUUUCAUUACUACCAAUCAUGA